AAGAAAAAGAAAGCACAUUCGAAGAGGAGAGACCACACCUGGUACUGCACGCUUUCUGUCUGUGGAAACAACAACUUUUACCCAACACAUUCCCACGCUUUCCUUUCUUCUUCCUUUUCUCUAUUCACUCAUGGAACUCAUGCUCCUCUCUCCCGUGACUCCAAAUCCCUUUCCCUUUCCCACCUCAUCAAAAUCAAAUUCCCAUUCCACAUGAUUCCUCACCACGAUGCGAUCCCCUCAGCCCCUUCGCAACGGUGCUGACGGCGGCGAUAAUAACAACAACCACCGCUCCUCCUCGCCUCGUUUCCACUCCACGGUGGCUGAACACAAACUACGCCGUUUCAACUCCCUCAUCCUCGUCUUCCGCCUCAUCUCCUUCUCCUUCUCCCUCGCCUCCUCCGUCUUCAUGCUCACCAACACUCACGGCUCCGAUUCUCCUCACUGGUACCACUACGACACCUUCAGAUUCGUUCUCGCUGCGAACGCGAUUGUCGCGGUGUACUCGUUGUUCGAAAUGGUGGCUUCCGUUUGGGAAAUCUCCAGAGGCGCGACGGUGUUCCCUGAAGUACUGCAAGUCUGGUUCGAUUUCGGCCAUGACCAGGUGUUUGCGUACCUGCUGUUGGCGGCGAGCGCGGCGGGGACGGCGAUGGUGAGGACGUUGAAGGAGACGGACACGUGUACGGCGAGCAAUGCGUUCUGCGUGCAAUCGGACAUAGCCGUAGCGUUGGGGUACGCGGGGUUCGUGUUUCUAGGGUUCACGUCGCUGCUAACGGGGUUUCGUGUCGUCUGUUUCAUAAUCAACGGUUCACGUUUUCAUCUCUGAGUAGCUUCGCGUGGAAACGACGUCGUUGGCAAUUGUGUUUUGAAUUAGAAUAGAUUUUCAUUUUCCCACGGAAUUAUAUGUUUAUUGAAGAUUUAUUUUUGAGAAGCCUGGAAAUUCCUCAUUUGGAUUUAUUGCUCAUUCACAUCUCUCUGAAGAAUACAACUCAUUCUCAGAAAUUUGUGUUUGGUUUUCUAUGUUUGUCUUUGGUUGUCUAUGUUCUGUUUCUGGGCUAAUUCUAAACUAAGUUUUUGGUUCAAUUGGAAAGGUUUCAGGAGGAUGAAGAGAUCAAUCAUGCGGUGGGGUGGGGAGAGUUGUAGUGAAGAGAAGUUGAUAACUUGGAUUCUGCUCAUUGGGUCAGGCAUGUAGAAGAAGUGAACACCAAAAUCAAUGAGUAGAAUCCAAGUAGAUCAUGGAUUCUCAUCAAUGUUUCUGCCGCACACAUUGAUCUCUUCAUCUUACCCAUUAAUUACUCAGAAAUGUAUGAUGUAUUUUUAACUUUAAAUGCUUUAUCAUUAAUCACUUUUUUCACUUAA